GGUUUUCGAUGCAUCGUAUCAAGACGAUUAUCCGAAGUGAGAACUCCGAUUUGCGCGUUACGCAGGAGGCCCUUUUUGUGGUCAACAAAGCUACGGAGAAGUUCCUUGAACAAUUUACGAAAGAUGCGUAUUCAUGUUGUGUUGGGGACCGUAAAAAAUCGCUCGCUUACAAGCACCUAUCAUCGGUCAUUUGUAAAACGAGGAGAUAUGACUUUCUUUCAGAUUUUGUCCCUGAGAAGAUAAAAGCUGAAAAUGCCUUGGCAGAGAGAAAAGUAAAUGAGACAGAAGUGGGCUAGGUCCUUCAAAAUGUGCUGAUUGGGAUGAUAAUCCUGCAAUUGCUUAAACAAAGCUCAUUUAUUGCCUUGGAUCAUGAUC